UCUAAGUGUUGUGUACUGGGCUAUGGAUGUGUCUGAAUGUGGUAGUGGUUUGGUGAAAAACUUGGGUGAUAGACAACUUUGCUUUGUUGAGCUGAGGAGCUUGAUGGUGGCCUCUGAUUGGGCAGACUCUCGUGUGAUGGGCGAACUUGCUGUUGCUGGUCAUGCGAGAUCACUUAUUGAAUGGCAUGGUGUGUCACGGUUUUGUGGGGUUUGUGGAAGUCGGAAUGUUCCUACAGAUGCUGGGAAAAGGAAGCAGUGCUCAAACGCGUUGUGCAAGAAAAAAGUCUAUCCCCGAGUUGAUCCGGGCUUUCUUACCACAGGUUGUCAUCAUGUUAGUCAUAGAUAAAGAAAAUGACCGUGCACUCCUAAGUAGGCAAUCAAGAUUUGUGCCCCGUAUGUGGAGCUGCCUGGCUGGUUUUAUGGAGCCAGGGGAAAGUUUGGAGGAGGCAGUGAGAAGAGAAACAUUGGAGGAAACUGGUAUUGAAGUUGGUGAAGUAGUUUAUCAUAGUUCUCAGCCUUGGCCGGUUGGACCCAGCAGUAUGCCAUGCCAACUAAUGGUCGGAUUCUUUGCAUAUGCUAAAUCAUUUGAUGUUGAAGUGGACAAGGAAGAAUUGGAAGAUGCCCAAUGGUACAGCAGAGAAGAUGUGAAGAAGGCUCUGACUUAUGCGGAGUACUACAAGUCCCAAAAGACAAAUGCAGCAAAAGUAGAUCAAAUGUGCAAGGGCGUUGAGAAUCAACAACAGAACUCAUCGGCGAGCUAUAAUGUUGAAAGUGGGGAGCUUACUACUAUGCUUGUCCCUGGCCCCUAUGCGAUCGCCCAUCAUCUCAUCUCCUCCUGGGCUAAUAAUAAGGUUGGCAGCGGCAACGAAACACAGCCCAAUCAGAAGCAAACUGCUUCUCUUCCAAAGUUGUAGCCACUUUCUUAAACCAGAAACUCCUUAGAGCAUCAUAGUGUUACAACCCUGCCAGUUUCAAAGCUAGUGCGGGCUGCAGGCAGAUGGGGAACUGGUUAAAAACCGGACCAAACGAGUUGGACCAGCGAUUUUUUCUGUUCAGUAGGUUUGCACAGAAUGGUGAAUUUUGUCACAUGUUCCUGUCAUGGGGUUCAUUAUUAUUUAUUUAUUUCACAUAUACACAUAAUACUUUGUAUUGUAUGAAUGAUAAAAUCUUUUGGGUUGAAACUUGAAACACAACACAAUGCGCAUAACUUAGACUGGUAUUAUGUUUUGUUUUCAUUUUGAACACGACAAAUAUGUAUGCUUUUGUUGUUUAUAUGAAUACUCUUAACUAGUUUCGAGUGUUAAUAAUGUUAGGG